AUGACCGCCAUUUCCCUUUGCUUCGGGGUGAACUGGGAUGUCCCUUCCGUCUCUCGUGGGAUUCACCUGGGGUUCUGCAUACACUGUGGGUCCCAGCAUGGACUCCCCUCCCCUGUGUGGCCUCGUGCCACGGGGGCUUGGAAGAUCACGGACUCCGAGAGCCCGAGACCCACGGCCAAGCGGGCUGUGAGGGAGGUCAAGGCCGAGCUCGUGCCCGGGUUUGGGACCAGGCAGGCCCUCGGGUGCGGGCACGAAACGACCACACGGCGGCCCCCAGCGCCUCCCACCCCGGCGCCAGUUCUCCGGACGUUCGCUUCCCGGCCCGCCGCGCCCCUGCACCCGGACGCGCGGCCCCCGCCCCGCCGAGUCGUAGCCACGGGCCCCGCCCCGGCCCGUGCACGGAGGCUCCGGGCGGACCCUCCGCACCCGCGGCCCCUGCAGGGACGCGUCUCCAACCACGCGCCUCCCAGGGCCUCCCGCGGGGUGGGGGCGCGCCCGGAAGCCCUGACCCGCGCUGGUCCGCGCGCCCCCCGCACAGCCGCCCGGAGCGGGGCUGGGGAAGGCGGCGCCCCUCGACCCCCCGGCCCCGGCCCCGCGCCCGGCCGGCCCCGGCCCCACGGCUGCCGCCCUGGCCGGGGCCCCCAACGCCCCAGCGCCGCCACCCUGGCCGGGCAUCCGGGACACAGCACAGGGACCCCGUCCAGUGGCAACUUCCAGGAGAGGGACAGUGACGGGCACCAGCGCUCGACGAGGUCCGCCCAAACCGAGACCCGCAGCGCCGAGGCCCUCGGCGACCGCGCGGGCCCGUGUCCCCAGGAAGGCCGCAGGCCGCCGCGGCGCAGCGCGGAAAGCCGCCGGGCCGGGCUCAGGGGCGCCGGCGGCAGGUGUCCCCGAAGAAGCCUGGGGCACGUGAGAAAGGGUGUGGGUCCUCCGCGCUCCCGCUCGCCCCGGCCGGUCAAGGCAGGAGGGUUUCCGAACGGCGCAACGCGGGGAGCCCCGGGUCCCUCUGCCCGCCUGGACACCUGCCUCCGUCCGGGACGCGCGCAGCGCCGCGGGCCGGGCCUCCCCGGGGGCCACAGGCCGGGGCUGCAGAGCGGCUGCCCGCGCCCCCGGGGCGUCUGCACGGGCCGGGGGCGCGCGGUCCCGCCGCUCGUCGGGAAGCCGGGGACGGCCGGGAACCCCUCUGUGCAGCCUGGGGUUCCCAGACGGCUCGGAUGA